CUUUAUGCUGUGCCAUCACACAGCAACUUUAUAUAAAAGGACAGAGGACUACUGGACAGGAACUACUGAGCGGCAGUCCGGCCCCCAACAAAUAUAGCGAUGGGAAAGAUCAUAUUCUACGAGGACAGGAAUUUCCAGGGUCGGCACCAUGAGAGCAUGAGCGACUGUGCUGACCUGCACCCGUACUUCAACCGCUGCAACUCCAUCCGGGUGGAGAGCGGCUGCUUCAUGGUGUACGAAAGGCCCCAGUACCUGGGCCACCAGUACUUCCUCCGCCGGGGGGAGUACUCGGACAACCAGCGCAUGAUCGGCAUCAACGACUGCAUCCGCUCCUGCCGCAUGAUCCCCAUGCAUCGUGGCUCCUACAAGAUCCGACUAUAUGAGCGUCCAGACAUGUCCGGCCAGAUGCAGGAGGUGAGCGACGACUGCCCCAACGUCCAGGACCGCCUGCGCAUGUCCGACAUCAACUCGUGCAACGUGGUCGACGGCCAGUGGCUGCUCUACGACCAGCCCAACUACCGCGGCCGGCCCUACUACCUGAGGCCCGGCGAGUACCGCAGAUUCAGCGACUGGGGCGGCGCCAGCCCCCGGAUCGGCUCGCUCAGGCGAGUCACCGACUUCAACUAGGAGUCCAGUGAACCUUCUUUCUCUGUCUGUUUUCCAUAAUAAAUCUGCCCAGCUACAGCUCUGUAUCUGAAAGUCGAA